AUGCAAUCUUGCAGACGCAGUACAGUCCAAGGUCUUUUGGGAUCAGACGAGAUCGCCAUCACAAUUCCAGUAUUCCCCCGAUUGGGUACAGCAAGGUCGUUUACCACUCCCGAUCUUCCGCAUUGUGACAAUGGCUCCCACGUCAACUUGGAUCCUUUAUUCACCAGCUACAAACGAUGGAAAUGUCUAGCAGACAACUUGAAGUCUCGACGACAGCGAGAAUUCGAACUGGAAGUGCCUCUGUUUCAAGACAUCAAUACAUCUAACGGUAGUGUGCUACUGGAUCACUUUGGGUACGGCUCAGGCGGUUGUGCCUUGCAAGUGACCUUACAAGCAAAGAAUAUCGAUGAAGCAUGCUUACUCCACGAUCAGCUUUCCAUAUUGGGCCCACUGAUGCUUGCAAUGACAGCCGGAACACCAAGCUACAGAGGACUUUUGACAGACACUGAUGUGCGCUGGGAUGUUUUGCAAUCCCUUCUCGACGACAGAACUCCCGAGGAGUUGCUAGAGAUGAACGGAAUGGAGAGCGAUGCAAUCCAUGCGAAACUCCGAGGAAGCACGAGUCCAAUCUACCUUUCGGAAAGUGACGAUGUACAAGAACACUAUCAGUCAUACCUCGCACGUCCCUCUGAGGUCCAGGAUCAAUUGAAGAGAAAAGGAAUGGCCAAUGGCCUUGCAUCUCAUUUCACCCAUUAUCUUCAGUAUGAUCCUAUCAUCCUGGAGCCUGAUCAUGUAGAGUCUUUUGGUCCUGAAGAUUCUUACCAUUUCUCAACCCUCUACCGUUCUGCGUGGCCUCAUGUUAGGCUCAAAUUCCCCGAGGGGAAAGAUACAGGAUGGCGUCUCGAGUUUCGGCCCAUGGAAGUUCAAUUGACCGACUUCGAAAAUGCGGCCUUCAUCGCAUUCAUGGUUUUAUUGCGACAUUCGAUAGAAUAUUACAAACUCAACUUGUACAUUCCCAUGAGGCUUGUGGUCAAGAAUAUGCAAGCCGCCGGUAAGCGGGAUGCUGUUCUCCAAGAAAAGUUCUGGGUCCGCAGUGGCGACUGCCUGCCAAAGGGCACUCGAUGGAAAGGAACUCGUACAGCGACUUGUUCUCAGUGUUCGAUGCCAGAGAAGAAUUCUCCAACAGCCAAAUUCGAGCAGACAACAUUACAGGAGAUAUUUUGCGGUCCAAUUCAUCACUCCGGUGACGGGGCCACAGAUGGUAGUGAUGCCGGAUUCCCUGGUUUCAUACCGCUCAUCAAGGGUUUUCUCGAAAGCAUUUCGAUUGACGAUGAGCAAAAGACUGUGCUCAUGGGAUAUAUCGAUUUUAUUGGAAAGAGGGCCUCGGGCCAGCUGUGGACUGACGCUGGCUGGAUAAGGCAUGUUAUCCGUUCUCAUCCGUCUUACAAGAAUGACAGCGUGGUCACUGAGGAGGCCUGCUAUGAUCUGUGCUGCCAAAUUAAAGACGUCUCGCAGGGAAAACUGCGAAUUCCUAUGCUUUUUUAA